AUGACAAAAACAACGUUUCAAUAUGGAAAAUAUCAAAAGAUAAGCCUUUAUUAGUAAAAAUUAAAUAAAAAUAAAAAGUUAAAUAAAAAUAAAAAGCAAUUUAAUUACAACUAAUCAGUAAAUAACCAAGUUGAAGUAACAGCCGUUAACUUUAAUCAUUCAGAUACUGAAAUAUAUUCUGGUUCAAACCGAGGAAUAAUACAUGUAUGGGAUUUAGAAUCCUAAAAAUUAUCAUGUACAUUAAAAGGACAUACAGUAGCCGUAAAUACAAUAUCAAUUUUUCCUUUUGAAGAAUAAAAACAUUUAAUAAUGUCAGGAUCAUGUGAUACGAAUAUAAAAGUAUGGGAUUUGCGUACCAAAAUAGCCAUAGCAACUUUAAAAGGGCAUUAAAACAUUGUCAAUUGUGUCGCAGGUUCACCCGAUAGUAAAAUGAUAGCCUCAGGAGGAUAAGAUGGGUUUGUUAAAUUAUGGGAUUUAUAUUAAAAUAAAGUUAUUUAAACUUUCACUUUACAUGAUGGACCGAUUACUUCUUUGAAAUUUAAUCCUAUUGAAAUGGCUUUAGCUAGUGCAAGUGCAGACCGAACUGUUAAAUAUUAUGAUUUGGAUAAUUUUUAAUUAGUAAAUUCUAAAAGAAAAAAUAUAUAUAUAAUUUAAUUUUAUUAGAUUGGAAGUUCUAAACCUGAGGCAACUGCUAUUUAAUAAAUAUUGUUUAAUGAAGAUGGAAAUUUAAUAUUUACAGCAGCACAUGAAAGUUUAAAGGUUUGGAAUUUAGAAAAAGAAGGAGGAAUUUUAAUAGAUAAUGUAGAAUCAUAAUGGAGAGGAAUUUUAGAUUUAGAAAUUUCAGAUGUAGAUGAAAUGGUAUUAGGAAUUUCUUAUUCAGCUUAAAAUUUUUCCUUAUGGGCUUGUCCAUUAGCAUUAAUAAACAUGGAUCCGGAAAACCCUUAGGGUGCAAAAGUAACAUAAUCAUAAUAAAAAUGUAUGAAAAUGCCAUAAACAUAGCAAAACUAAACGUAUGAAAAUAAAAUCUUUUAAAAUAAUAAUAAUAAUAAUAAUUCUUAUUAGAUUAUACAUUAGAGGGAUUUAGAAAGUAAUGAUUUACAUAAUAAUAGAUGCUAUUCUGAAAUUUCUCAUAAUGCUAAUAAAGUUGUAGAUUUUUAAAUUCCUUUACAUAAUAAUAAUAAUCUUUUGAAUAUGAAAGAAAUAAAAUCAUUUCCUGAAAUUAAAGCAUAAUACUAAUAAUAGUAAUAUUAAUAAUAAUAAUAGUAGAUUAUAUAAAAUACAGCUAAAAUAUAAAAUUAAAAUAGCAUUAGUCCUUAAAAAGAUGAAAACAUGCCUAUAGAGGAAGAUAUAAUAAUACAAGAAGAUGAAUAAGAAACAAUAUAAAAUAAUAAUAAUAAUAAAAAUAAUAAUGUUUUAGAGUAAUCGACCGUAAGCUAAACUGAUAGUCUUAUUAAUAGUGUUAAUUUUAAUUCUAUAUUUGAUGAAAAGCAGAAUACAAAUAUUAAAAAAAUCGAUUUAAUUAAUGAAGUUAUUAAAAAAAAAAAAAAAAAAAAUAAAAAUAAAAAAAAAAAAGAUUUCCUAAGAACAUUAAAAAUUCAAAUUACUAAUGAAUAAUAGACUAAAUUAUAUUAAACCAAUACAACACUGGUGGAAUUUAGGAAAUUAAAAAUCUUCGAUAUAUGCAAUUAAUUAGUAAUAAAAACAUAAAUAAUAAAAAUAAUAAUUAUAUAUAUGUGUAUAUAUAUAUAUUUAUAAAUCUAUAUAUAUAUAUAUAUAUAAAAAUAAUAUAUAUAUAUAUAUAUAUAUAUAAAUAUCAUAUAGAUAUAUAUAAUAAAUAUAUCAUAAGAUUAUUUGAACCUUGCUAUAUAAUGGAUGCUUUAAAUAUGA